GCAUCCCUUUCGCAAUACAGCCCUGGGUGGUCGCUGGGUGCUCAUGCACCUUCUUCCACAAUGGCAUCCACUCUGUCUUGCUUUCACUAUGUUUUGAUCACCCCCAAGGGCGGGGUCGCGACCUAGAGUUAGAUCGUGAUCGCGACGGCGUUGACUCACUACAGCGCCGAGGCUACCUCUGUGCCUAAGACUCGCAAUUGAACCACAUAAUCUUCUCUCCAUACCUUUUUGACCUGAUUAACUGUACUAGUUCCUUUCAUACCACUGAGCCAUGCCCUUCCAUCAAUUGGCCACGGAGCUAUUGCUCCAUAUAUUUCGCUCAUGCGAAUCUGUCACCGAUGUUAUGAACCUUGCAAUGACUUGUCGGCGACUUCAUACCGUCUUCCACCGGUCCAAUAAACUACAAAUACUCGUUGAUGUUGCGGAGUCUGAGCUGGGCCCUUUGGAUGAUAUCAUCCAGAUCGUCACGCAGAAUACCAGCCAACGUGCCCACCUCUUUCGUACCGCCCCUAUAACCGACUCCCUCCUUAAACAAAUAGUCCAGAUCGGGCACGUGGCCCAGAAGUGGGAAACCAUAUACCCGGUCAAGAAAUGGAAGACCGAUUAUGAGAAUCGUCGCUCGCUGGAUGACGACGAGCGGUUCCGUCUCCGCCGUGCAAUAUAUCGUCUUUGGCUGUACCACCGGGCCUUUCACACGGAGACUUAUAGUCGGUUUAGCCGCACCCUUCCACAUAUUGUUUCCGAGCGUGCCCAACUCUUGCACAACUGGUCCACAGCCGAGCUGGCCGAGAUUGAGGAUGUGCGUUUGAUCAUUGGUGAUAUUGUGCAGAACCACAUUUGUCCAAGCAACGGGACUAUCCAACGCAAAUUCCGCAAACGCUACCCGGAAAGUAACCAUCAACUGACGUUCAAUAUCCAUUUAAAUUACCCUUCGAGCAGUAGUCCCGCUGGUGCACCUAGUCUGUUUGAGAAGGAUCUCAAUCCAGCCGAGCAGUAUUUCCACACCGCGCACCCUAGCAACUUCACUGAAUCACCCGCCAAAUAUAAGUCACGGUUUCGGAACGAUUACUUUCAUGACCCUGGUUCUGAAGGAUGGGGUGACGAGAUCCCACAUUAUUAUGUCGUGCAGGACAUGCUGAAACUCGAUCCAGGCCAGGUGAUCUGGCUACGGGAGCAUGCACCUCUUAAAGAACAGGUGGAGACUUAUGUACGCUCCUUUGGGGACUGGUUCCGCGACAAUGGCGAGACCUUUGGCGAUACAUUGGAGUGGGUGAUGAAGGAGCGGGGCGAUGAUAUCGAUGAGUUUCGAGCUGCUAUUGCAGAACGGGAGGUUGGCGUGGUGUGGGAUUGAUACGAUGGAAUUGUGUCUGUCUGCUGUCAUAUUGCGUAGCAUAUCGAUUACUGUAGGAAAGCAUGUUAGUGUUACAAUAGUUAAUGUGAGAGAACUAUCAACUGUGCAAUGG